GUCGCAAGGACAGCACGUGUGCUCGACUGGUGAUAGUGAGAAGAUAGUAUGUGGACACGCUUGUGAUCGCUCGGACGUGACGCACCGCUAGUUGACUAAUGACUCCUCCAUGAGAAAGCACUUGGACAUGUGCGUAGCGAUUAUAGUGCUCAUGCAUAAUUUGUGAAUAUAAACAAGAAAGUUUUACAAACUUCAGAAAACAUUAAACAUAGCCAGCGGAGGCGAUUGCAACCAAGAGUAGGAGGAUUCUGUGCCAAGGAUCAUGUCGACCAGCGAGAGGAAAUCCUUUUGCAUCGAGUCUCUGUUGUCUCGUGAGGCUGUGGUUGCGAGCGGCGUCGGCGGCGGCGGCCGAGGCGGCAAUAUCAGUCCGGCGGAUUUAACCUCGCACGAAGUGGGGUCACCGCCCCACACUCCGCCUCUGAGCCCCCUUCCGUCCCCCCACUCCUCCCCGCUCUCGUCCGUGUCUCCCGCCGUUUCUUCCUCAGCGAUUCUAAACCGCGCGACUCUUCUUGGGGGGGCCACUGCCCCCCUCGUGCCCCCUCACCUUUACCAGUACCCAGGCAUGGGUAUGCCCCCUGGUCUGCUCCCUGCCCACGCCUUCACACCCGCAGCUUCGCCACUUCUGGACGCACAGACCUUCAACGCCCUGAAGUCGGGGGCGGCGUCCCUGCCCCCCGCGGCGCUGGACUGGUUCGCCCGCGCGGGACUCAUGUAUCCUCGCCUCCCCCCGGAACUAGCAGGUAUGGGCCAGCACAGCCUCCUGGGGAAGACGAGACGCCCGCGCACCGCCUUCACGUCGCAGCAACUUCUCGAACUGGAGAAACACUUCCGGGAGAACAAGUACCUGUCGAGACCUAAGCGGUUCGAGGUGGCCACCAGUCUGAUGCUGACGGAGACGCAGGUCAAGAUUUGGUUCCAGAACCGGAGGAUGAAGUGGAAGCGCAGCAAGAAGGCCGUGUCGGAGAACCGCAAGGAGCAGCGGCAGAAGGACGGGAAGGAGAACUCCGGCGGGAAGGACGAGCGCGGCAAGGACCAGGCCGGGCCCGGGGGCGCGACCGGCACGCAGGAGGAGCCCAUCGUCACGCCGGAGUCCGAGGACGAGAUCGACGUGCAGGACGACCACGCCGGCAGCGAGGAGGGGGGCGUGGAGAUCAGGGGCGGCGAGGAGGCGCCCCUGUCGCCCCCCAGCCCCCCGGGGUCCCUCUCUCAGGCCCCCGCCGAGUCCUCCGCCGCGCCCUCGCCCUCGCCAGUCGACCCGCGCCGUCCCUACGACGCCCUCUACGAGAGCAUCCACGCCCACGCCCACCACACGGCCGGCGUGCCCGCCCUCCACGUGCCCACGCCCCCCGUCGUCACGUCCUCUGGGGGCAGCUCGUCCGUGUUCUCCGGGCAGUACCAGCACGUGCCGCUGUCGGCCGCGCUCCUCACCAAGCUGCCGCCCGACGCCGAGCACCUGUACAGACCCUACGUGUCAUGAGGGCGCUCGAUGCUAGCGCUCAUCUCGCGUCCUGCGUCCUCUUCGCCGCCGCCGUCGUCGCCGCCGUCACCGUGGCACAGUGACACGCCCGGCGACGUCAAGCUCCGAAUGGGAAAUGAAAAGUGUGUCGUAGAACGUUAUUAGUACGAAAGGCGGGGAAUGAGGUAACUCUGCAGCUGAUACGUAAAUAAAAACUAGUGUUCAUCUUUGUUAUCUACUCUCACUUUUAAAAAAAUGAAAUGUAGUGCGUAGUAUACUCCUCGAGGCGUCCCGCGGGAACCGGAGUGACUCUCAGUGACCAGUCGGACACCGCGAGCAAGAACCCGUAAGUCUGUCUCAGCCUCGGUAGAAGAAAAUCGAAAGCAGGAAAUAAACAGAAGGAGAGAAGGAACGGGACGAGAAUAAGAAAAUCCCGGAGAGGAACGAAGGCCAUCAGCGCCUCGCAAGUUUUUACCAGGCGACUCGGAGACUCCCGAGAGGCGGACUCGGCGCUGAUGUCGCUGGAUUGGUUUUCCCCCAAGUUCUCCUGCCGGGGGACCGCCCCCCCUGCCCUCUUCCCCGUAAGGGGAACACACACAACACACACACACACACACACACACACACACACACACACACACACACACACACACACA